GGGGAUCGGUCAGGACGUGCAGGCGCCUAUAAGAGCCAGAGCGCUGCAGCCGGAGCCUAUUGUUAGCCGGAGCCGGGGCGGUGCUGGGCGGAUGCUGCUGGGAGCGCCUGAGUUGCCGGAGCCGUCUGCCCUCCGCCGCCUGCCGGCCGACCUGCCCACCCACCCUACCUCCCCGUCCUGCCGCCCUGGGAACUCCCCGACCGUCGCCGCGGUCCCGGGACUCGCGCUCUCCUCCCUCCUUCCCACCGGGCUAGGGCGGCGGCGGCAGCAGCGGGGGCGGCAGAGACCAUCACGGGAGGAGGCAGCUGCGGCGGGGCCGGUAAUGGGCCUGGGGGUGCGGGGCGGAGGGUGCCGCCUCGUCCUUUCUCGGGAUCGGCCCUCGGGCGGCUAUGGAGGAGUGGUCAACCCAGAGCCGCGCGGAUUGAGGGAAUCCUAAUGCACCUGGCUAGCUGGCGGUGAGCAGGGGCUUUGGGGCCAACGUGGUGGGCUCCCCAAGGAACCCCUUUGAAACCAAUGGAUGCAUUCACGGGCUCGGGUCUCAAGAGGAAGUUUGAUGAUGUGGAUGUGGGCUCAUCGGUGCCCAACUCAGAUGAUGAGAUCUCGAGCAGUGAUAGUGCCGACAGCUGCGACAGCCUCAAUCCUCCUACAACUGCCAGCUUCACACCCACAUCCAUCCUGAAGCGGCAGAAGCAGCUGCGGAGGAAGAAUGUACGCUUUGACCAGGUGACUGUAUACUACUUUGCCCGGCGCCAGGGUUUCACCAGUGUGCCCAGCCAGGGUGGUAGCUCUCUGGGCAUGGCCCAGCGCCAUAACUCUGUACGCAGCUACACACUCUGUGAGUUUGCUCAAGAGCAGGAGGUGAACCAUCGGGAGAUUCUUCGUGAGCAUCUGAAGGAGGAGAAACUCCAUGCCAAGAAGAUGAAGCUGACCAAGAAUGGGACAGUGGAAUCGGUGGAGGCCGAUGGCCUGACACUGGACGAUGUUUCUGAUGAAGAUAUUGAUGUGGAAAACGUGGAGGUGGAUGAUUACUUCUUCCUGCAGCCUCUGCCCACCAAACGGCGACGGGCCCUGCUGAGGGCUUCUGGGGUCCACCGCAUUGAUGCUGAAGAGAAGCAAGAACUCCGAGCCAUCCGCCUGUCACGGGAGGAGUGUGGUUGUGACUGUCGGCUGUAUUGCGACCCAGAAGCGUGUGCCUGCAGCCAAGCUGGGAUUAAAUGCCAGGUGGAUCGCAUGUCCUUUCCAUGUGGCUGCUCCCGGGAUGGCUGUGGAAACAUGGCGGGGCGCAUUGAAUUUAAUCCAAUUCGGGUCCGGACUCAUUACCUCCACACUAUCAUGAAGCUGGAACUGGAGAGCAAGCGGCAGGUGAGCCGCCCGCCAGCCCCAGACGAGGAGCCCUCACCCACUGCCAGCUGCAGCCUGACAGGAGCGCAGGGCUCUGAGACCCAGGACUUCCAGGAGUUCAUUGCUGAGAACGAGACAGCAGUGAUGCACCUACAGAGUGCAGAGGAACUGGAGCGGCUCAAGGCAGAGGAAGACUCCAGCGGCUCUAGUGCCAGCCUGGACUCCAGCAUAGAGAGCCUGGGUGUGUGCAUCCUGGAGGAGCCCCUCGCUGUUCCUGAAGAGCUGUGCCCAGGCCUGACAGCCCCCAUUCUCAUCCAGGCUCAGCUGACUCCGGGCUCCUCCGUCCUGUGUUUUGCCGAGAACUCGGACCACCCAACUGCCUCAGCAGUGAACAACCCAUCUUACUUGAACAGUGGGCCCCUGGUCUAUUAUCAGGUGGAGCAGAGGCCAGUCCUGGGGGUGAAAGGAGAGCCCAGUACAGGAGAAGUCCCACCCUCUUUCCCCAAGGAGAAGGAUCUGAAUGUCUUCUCUCUCCCUGUUACCUCACUGGUGGCUUGUAGCCCCACAGACCCAGCCGCCCUCUGUAAACCAGAGGCGGGGAAAACAUCCACACUAGAAGCACUAGUGCCCGAAGAUUGUAACCCCGAGGAGCUGGAGAAUGAAGACUUCCGCCCCUCUUGGUCCCCCUCAAACCUUCCCUUCUGCACAGACAGUGAAGAGGGCUGUGUGGUGGAGAAGACCUCCCCGCAGAGUGAGGACAGGCCCUCUGAAGAUUCUUCCCUGGAACUCCCUUUGGCAGUGUGACAUGAAGAUGGAGAUUCUGCCUCUUACCCAUUCUCUAUUUAUUCCCUUAUUUUAUCUGACACCAUUUCAAAACAAAACUGUAGAAGCAGCUGCUGCUCCCAUGUUAUUUUAUUGGGGUCUCUGGGGAACGGGUGGGACAGGAUAGUCUGUCCAAGUAUUUUUUAAAGGGUAAACAGAACCAAGACGAUCAGCCCCAGGUUGACCUGGGGACGGUCUUGGGCAGAGGUGGCUGCAUAGUGCCGAAUACUGAGCUUUCUGGGCCAUUGGAACAAAGAACUAGGAUCUCACAGGAGAAGCUGGGUGAUUCAAGCAGCUGUUCUGUAUGUAGGGACCAGAAUUUGAGCAGCAUGGGAAAGCCCUUCUCUCCUCAGCUCCAGGUGGCGUACAAGCUCAUUUUCCUGUGGUUACUCUGCUGUCCCAUUUUGGUGGGUCAUAAUACAGUUGGAAAUGUCACCUGGUUGAAUCUAGAGAGGAGUGGGUAGAAGGGUCUCUGCUUCUGUACAAAACUUCCAGGAUUUAUAACAAUUUAACCUGCUUUCCCGGCCCCCUAUUUGGUAAAUAAGUUAAUAUUUGACAUGUUUGGUGUUCUCUGACCUGUUCCCCACAGUGGGGAUGCCUGGUCUAUAACUUGAAUUGUUUCUUUCUCAUGUUGUUAGGUACUAGAAUUUAACUUGUCUGUUUGUCUUUCCCCCCCCCCCCCCCCCCCCCCCCCCCCCCCCGUCCUUUUUCCUUUAAAGAAAAAGAGCUAACUAGAUUGGCUGGGAUGUGGUGUAAAGAACCUGAGUCUUCGGUGUGUGUCUAAAACACUAGCUCCGUCGGGCAGCUCUAGGCUGGGGCUCACCUGGCCCAUUGGAGGCAUAUAUGGAGUAUUAACUGUGUCCAAAGGAGGCAGUAGAAACAGGCUGUUGUCUAGAAAGAAGAUGAUUUGUGCCAUGCUUGCUUUCACCCAGGUUUUUCCCCCAUUUUGGGAGAUUUGAGCUUUAAAAGGAAUGUAGGAUGUGGCAAUCGAAGGUCACCAACUAGUUUUGUUUUCUUUUUCCUGUAUCUACUCUUGUGGUCCUUCUUGGAUAUACAGGGUUAGAAAGUUCUUAUACUAAUCCAGUUCAUCCCCAAGAAUUGCACAUAUUUAUUGGACAUCUCCAUCUUGAUAAAAAUUGGAAGCCAAACCAAUUCUUAAAUGCUACAUAACAACUUCCAGGCUCCAAAGAAUUCAAGUUCUGAUGGUAACCUUUGAGGUCUAUAGAGUGGGGCUCAAAAUUAGUUCUAACCUCUAUUGAGAGGACACGGUUCCUAUUCCUUUUAUGUCCAGCUGAUGUUCCUGGAUGUGCUCCACUGAACACCACUGAAUUUUUUUUAUUAGCAAAGUUAUCAUGGCCUCUGUUUUUGAAUGGAGGCAGUAGGGAACAAAACACUCUUCUCUAGCAUCCUUGAUGCCACGCUUUGCUUCUGGUAUGGUUUAUUAACCAGGAAAGUACAAAGUGAAAAACUUUUUUGAUGGGGGACAUAACUGUUCUACUUAUCUUGCGCAUAAAGAUAUUAAGGCCCUCGUGUCUAAAAGGAAACUUCAUGUAUGUCAUAGCAGCAUUUCACCUAUGAAAUCUCUAAACUGAGCCUGAAAACCCUUGUACUUAACACAGAUAACAUCUUUUAACCCAUUCUGCCUCUCCUGUUCAUUCCUGUCUUUGCUGGUUUUUACAUUUGGAGGAAUCCUUAAUUAAUUAAGUACAUAGGUCUUCUCUGUCCUCUAGUCUCACAAAAGAGUUGAGUCUUAAGGACUGAGAUCUAGAUGCUAUCCCAAACUGAGCUGCACUCCCCCAUCUCAGACUGGUCCCGUCAAAUAUAAGACUGAAGCUUAAUUGGGAAUUGACUCUAUGGAGAAGAAUCUGGAUGUCUGUGUUGGAAGGAAAGAGGGAACUCUAUACAUUGUCUCCUUAGGAAGGAUUCCUAAUCUAGGAAGUGGAUUCCAGCUGCUCAGUAAGAAACACAUUAGCCCUUGGGAUCAAGCAAAGAAUUUGAAUCUAAUUGUUAAACUCAUUACCAGCCCCCAAGAUAAUGAUUUUUCUGAAGAAACUAGCUUCUUAAUCUUAAGUCCAUCCCUUCAUUAACUACAAUUCUGACUCGCACUGAUCCCAAGCUUUUAAAUGCUAAAUAUUAACAUUUAGCAUUAACUGUCUUGUCAAGUAAAUGGCCUUUUCUACAACCCAGUCCAUCUCAUUUCUGGUGCUACCUUGGUUGGGCAGAAUUAUAGCUCAUGGUUGCUAGAAAAGCUAGGCCUUUGAUCACAGAAGCAGAUAGUUUCAAUACGGUUCAGUCCAGUCGUAGAUAAAAUAAAUGACUUCUUACUGCAACUCUUUAUUAUUUUCCAAUUUCCUUUCUCAUAUACUGUACACAGGUAGUAUUUUCAAUGUGAAUCCAAAGCUUGUCUGGUCCUCUGAAAAAAAAUUUUUUUUUUGCCUUUUAGGGCCUUUACAUUGUGAUAAUGCUGUAUUUAAAGAGAAUAUUUAAAUGUAAUAUUAAAGAAAUAUCAAAAGAA